CAUGUAAAUUAUAAAAUUAUUGUAUUUGAAAUAGUUAUAUAAAUAUUUAAGUAUAUGAUUAACAUUAAAAAUAUAUACCACUUAUAUUCGAAAACAAUAAUUUAUGUAUAGAAAAGUGAAAACAAACACCCGUACGGUUGCACGGGUCAAAAUCUAGUGUAUAUUAAAUUUAGAGUCUUUUUUAUUUAAGUUUAGAGUCAAAUCCAGUGUUACAAUAAAAUCUCAUAUUAUCAAUGUAUAUUGGAUUUUAUUAGAUUCCAGUUAUGAGAGAUUUUUCUGGAUUUAAUAUACUUUUAUCUGUAGAAGACUAAAACAAAUACAUUUUUUUCAUAUUUCCAGUAUUUAAAAUAUAUAACUUCACUAUUUUUUGUCUUUUUAUAAACUAUAUUAUUCAUUUUUUCAUUGUAACAUUUAGACAUGAGCAUUAAGAUUUCCGGGAUGAGUUUGAAUCGGUUUUUAUUGGGUCCAUGUCUUUCAGAGAGAAGUUUGGACCCAUAUAGAUACCCAUAAAUUUAUAUUUCGUGUUGAGUCGGUUCAACUGAUUAUGGAUCAGGUCAGAUCGGUUUUAAAUAGUUUAUACCUAAAAUAUCUUAAAAAUUGGGUAUAUUUCUAUUUAUUUUUUCAGUUCUUUUUAAUCUAAAAUUGGUCAAAUUUAUCCUAAAAUAAGAUAAAUAACCAAAAUUGAGUCAGAAAAUAAUUAAAAUUAAAAUUUUAAGAUUCAAGCUGAACAUUGAAAGUUAUAUACUACUUGAUUUUUUCAAAGCAAAUUCUACAAAAAGAAUGGAUUGGUAAAAAAAUAUGCAAUGAAUUGUUUUACUAAAAAUAUUUUAACUGAAUUUCAUUUUCUUAUUGAAUUGAUAAUACGAAGAAAUUUAUUAAAAUAUAUAAUAAUUUAUCUAUCAUGUAUUAGAUGAUUUAACUAAAUCUAUUAAAAUACUUGCCAUUACAAUUACACUAAAAUAAACUGAUCUACUCAACACCUCUUCAAUGUAUUUCAUAUUCCAUCUAAUAAGAAUUUAAUCCAAUAACACCAGAUUUGAUUAUAAAUUUAAAAUACAUUCAACUCUACUAAAUUAUAAUACUCCAUCCUUUCGAAAAGAUACAUAUUCUAGAAUUUUUUUCUGUUUCAGAAUGUUAUAUUUUUGUAUUUCCAAUGCACUUUUUAUCAAUUAAUAAUGAUUAAUUGUAAACUUUAAGAAAAUUAAUUGCAUUUUCUGAAUUUUUAUUGGUUUAAAAUUAUAGGAAAUAGAUAAUGAUAGAAAUUAUGUAUUUAAUAUUGAAAUUAAAUAUGUUUUAUUAAUCUGUGUGAAAAACCUAAAAUAUGUAUCAUUUUGAAAUGGAGGAAUUAUUCAUUAACACCAUCUUAAUGCAUGAACAAAAACAAAAACACAAAAUAUAUAAAUUCAAUUGAAUCUACAUUUACAACAAUAAUCAAACUGUAAUCCUGUAGUUACAUUGUCAGAAGAAAUUCUCUUACUACAGCGCUAAAAAAAACUCAAAUGAAUUUUUAAGAUCUCAUAUUACUAUUUAAUAUAUAAUUUAGUUAUAUAAUUAAAUAUCCUUUUCUUUUUAAGUGACCAAUCCAAUUAUAAAAUGAUACUCCCUCUGUUCCUAAAUAUAUGAUGUUUAGAAUAGUUUUUAUGUUCCAUAUGUAGGAUGUUCUCAUAUGUCUAGGUAGCUUUAAGUUUAUCAAAAACUGUGUAACCAAUCAAAUUUAAUAGUUUUAUUUUGUAAUUGGUUGAAUAGUUUUAAUUUAAAAAUUUAAUGAUACUUUUUAGAAAAAAAGUAACUUUCUUAAUAAGUGUGUUUUACCUAAAAAUCUUAUAUUUAGUAACAGAGGGAAUACUAAACAUGUUUAGUAAUAUGUAGAAUUAUAGUAUAAUUGUAACCACAUAUAUCUUGCAAAAUUUUUAAAAAAUCUCGGAUUAUAUUUUUGAAACCUUAAAAUCAUGUAUAUAUAUAUUAGGGCGUAGUCCAAACUCUUCCCAGUUUACAAAAUUAAAGAGAAAAAUAUAUAUUUUUUUUUUAACACCAAGAGAAAAAGUAUAAUUUGCAUAAAACUAAGUAUUUUCCUUUGUCUUGUAUACUAUAUAAACAUGUGUUAUUAUUAUUCCUUCCUAAGCAUGACAUGUUUAACGCAUACUUAAAUAUCUUGCUUGCAACACAAGAACACAGAAAAUGGUACCUAACCUCACGGCUUAGAAUUUCGGUCCUGGAUCUUGGACUCCGUCGACGUGAACUGUGUCUCCGGUUACUGGUUCAUAAUGGUGCUGAUCGGUGCAGUGCUGGUGGUGUUGAGACGCAAUGCCUCCCGUUUUACAUUCACUCCUAAUCUCGGCUUGCCACGUUCUCCACUGUUUGGGUCUGAUACCUAAUUCCAAGUUGCAACGAGACUACGUCGAUGGCCUCCUGAGAACACAUCUGCAACUCAAGGUGCAAUUUAAGUGACUCUCAGAUCAGGGCGGCACAAAUCGGUGGUCGACGGUGGUGGUUGGUGGUGAAGAUACGUGAACGAUGGUGAAUAUAUACAUGCAGCUGUUGAAUCGGCUGGGAUAAAUGGUGGAUUACGAUGACUCCUUUGAUGACUACAUGGAUCGCCGGUGACUUGUGGCUCAUGGCGGUGACUGGUGGUGGUGAUGUGUCACAUGUGGUGAUGUAACCGUGACUGAACCAGCAGGUGACUUGGAGCAGGAUGCCUAAACGAACUAGAUGAGCUAAGUGACACUAAUUUGGAGCACAAUGAGCUGAAUGAGCUAAGCUACAUUGAGGUUGUUAUGGACCGAGCUAGAAAGGAAGAAAUUCGGCCCAAACCUGAUGAUAGAUCAGAGUUGUCUUUCUCAGUCAAAAAGGAAACAAAGAUCCAUUCUCCUUGUCUAGAGGUCCAAUCACAAGAUCACAAACCAAGAGACUGAAGGAAGCUAUUUAGUGUCUGUUUACCUGAACCAGGAUCAAAACAAUUCAAAAAUCAAGUGAAAGUGCCAGCCAAUUUAUUCAACUAUUCAGUCUCCAAGACCACCUAGGAUUUAUCUCUUUCGUUUUUUGUUUUCUACAAGUCAUUAGGAAAACUGUGUUCUUUUCUUCUACAUAAACUCAUGUAUUGUUUCUGAAUUAUUCAUUCACUUUUGUCAAACAAAUCUCUUUUGUCUCUGUAAAUCCCUUGUUUGUCUUUGAACAUUGACUACUUAGGAGGGAAAUCUCUGCAAGCAACUAUCGUUUUUUAUCAUUGUUUGUGGGAACGCCUCUCACGAUCAAAGACAAAUCUACACAAAUGUUGAUCAGUCAUAUAUCCACACUGCAGUCCAUCCAACCCUAUUCCAUCCCUCAUCAAUUUAAUUGUGUUAGUAACCAAUUUGAUCAUCAAAACCAUCCUGAUUGUGCUAGUAGCCAUCAGAAUAUCAACCCAAAAUCGACCCUCAAGAUCAAUAAAAGGGAUUAAACCAUCAAGGAUUUCAUUAAGUGUGUCACAUGUGGUGGCUCCUCUCUCACUCACGCAUCAAAAAGGGCUGCUGCCCUUUGUAGAAGGAGAUGAAUACACAUGUAUAUAUUAAUAUAUAUGUAUACGGUAUACCACGUUUAGUGAAAGGGAAACAAAUAUUUGAACCAGACUUGGUUUAGUAAACCAGGUUGUUAACAUAAAGUUUUGAAAUCAAAUUCUUCUUUCCGAAAAAUCCAUAUUUUUCUAGAUGUUAACAUAAAGUUUUUUUCCUGCUCAUUAAUUAAUUUACUUUUUUGUCAAGUAACGAAUUUUAGGUAAAAAGAAUUGAAAUGAUGAUACUUUUUUUGUUACUUUGAUGUAUGUUAUUUUAGGUGCAUGAAACAUAGUGAACAAUCAUUGAGUUCUUUUCUAGAUCCAAUUUUUCACCACGUCAAUAUCCAACUUUGGUGUAGCAUUUGAGUUGAGAUCGUUGAUUUCGAAUACACUUCUAUAUAUUGUGGAUGCGUCUUCGUGCUAAUAUUAUAUCACGGUCAAUAAAAUUUAGUAUUUAGGUUGUUAACAGAUAUACAUGUUGUUAGUUCGUUGUAUGUUUCCGUCAGAAGGCUUUGAUUGGUAAUAUAUAUUACUAAUGACUCAAAAAAUUUACCAAUCAUGAAUUAGUUUUAAAUUUUUUAAGUUGUGUUUAAGUUGUAAUAUAUUAUUAUUCAGUUACAAUUUGAAGUUAUAACCUUUGUAAAAAUAAUAAAUCAAAUAUUAAAUUGUUGAGUUAGAGAAUUUUUUAGGUUUUCUAAUAACUACCCACGUCCAUUUUCUUAUUUCUAACAAAUUCAACAAUUUACAAAAAAAAAAUGAUCAUAUAGUUCAAUACAUAGUUUUAUUAAUUAAUAAACUAUAUUUAAUCAUUUAACAUUAGCUAUCUACUAGUUAGCCAAAGAUUUCUCAAAAAAUAAUCACUAAAAUUAGUUAAUCAAAACUGUUUCUAUAUUUUAAUUGUUAAUUUUGUUUGGUAACUAAAAUUUACGUCCAUAAAUUAUAUAUAUAUAUAUAUAUAUAUAUAUUCAAGUUAAUAUAUUUUAUUUCUCUCUACAAUUUUCUUUAUUGAAAUUAUUUAUAUUAAUUUUAUAUUUCAAAAAUAAUACAUACUACCGUUUAUACAUCAAAAUUUUUACCUAUUAAUUAUGUUACUAAAAUAGUAACUUAUAAUACAGCAAUUUUUUUUGAAUGAAUCUGAAAAUUUAUUCAAUCCAAAUUUUUUGUUUUUACAAUGACUGCUUUUUUGUUUUUGACUUUGAAAGCUAUCAAAGGUUUAAAAAAACGAGCAUAUGUGAUGAAAACAGAGCAUGUAUCCAUCUGAUCUCUAGUUUCUUCUCAAACUAAACCACAACCCAUAGCACCAUCAUAUCUGCUACGAUCUUCUUCCCCAGAGACAAUAUGUGGUUUCGAACCGUUUUGUCAAUAUUUUGUUGGAUUUGUGUUUGCCCCAUGCUUACUUCACCAUGACAUCUUCUAUAUCUCUCCCACCAUAUGGUGUAUAUUGUAGCUUGAAAGACAUAGCGUAAUGUGAAGAGGGGAGUGUCAUCCUUUAAGAAACCCACGAUCAACUCAAGGAUUCGACUCCACUCGUUUGUAUAGCUAGAGCCCAGCAGCGCCGAAGUACAAAAAUCUACAACAAACUCACUAAAUAAAUCUACAGCUUCUACUCCAUAAUUUUUACUAUAAAUUACAUCAAAUCAUAAUUUUUAGCGUAAAUCAACUUUAAUACUAGCCUCAAUAAUAUACAAGAGACGUUUCACACAUUGUAUCGUUUAUCUAUUAAUGUGGUUUAUCUCUCUUUUUUUGGUGUCUGAUAUUAUGUGAAUGAGUGGCUAAACAUCGUCAUUAACUUUAACAAAUACUGCAAGUGAAAUGACAAGUAAGAUGGUAUACACUAAGGGUUCGACUGGUACCAUUCUGGAAUCAAGAAGAACGAAUAGAAAAGGAACAUAAAGGAAUUCAUUCUUAAAUUUAACAAGGAAUAUUUUUGUUUUUUAUUUUUCUACAAAAAAAAAAGAAUGGUAGGGAAUGAGAAGAAAAAAUUAUUCCUUAUGAAUGAUGAUAUUUUUUAGGAACGUUAGGGAAUACAUUAUUCCUCGCCGUUUUCUGGUUACCUUUCAUAUGCGUCAGACAAUUUGGGGACAUGAAUUACCUAGAUAUGUUUAGUUGAUAGGAGAAAAUUAUAAUGAGAUUACUUCAAAGUUUUGCAUAGAAAGGCCCAACUUAAGAUUAGAAAUUUAUACUUUCAGGCUUUAGCAAACUAAUUAUUUAUUGUUUUAAAAAAACAAAAAAAACAAACUAAGUAUUUAUUGAGACAAUCAAAACAAUAAUAAAAGGAGGAUAUGCUCACCGGAGAGCCCCUCCACGUCAGCACUUAUAUUUGACCAAUAGUGUGUGUUCGUUUGUCCACGACCAACAGACGCUAUCUGAACUUGGGCUUCACAUUUUAAUUGAUUCAUAAUAAGCUCAUUCUCGUGCGUAGUCCAAGAUCAGCCUCAUCUCACCACUUACACUUACGAUCCCUUGCGGCGAUUCAUCUCUUCGACGACUCAUCACUUCGCCGUUACUCCUUUUCCAUGGAUCGAUCAAUCGGCACCGUAUUCAUGAGUGAAUCAUCCUCUGGAGAACUCAUUAAUGUGUUCUUUUGCCUAUCUUCCUUCCAAUCUCUAUAUAACCUUCAUAUCUUCUCCAGAUUAGUUACACACACAAAUAUCUCAAACCAUGAAUUCCAACAGUCAAGCACCUAUUUCCGGCGAUGUUACCACGACGAAACCAAACGGAAAAGACGUUGUCUCCUCCGCCGAGCCUGUCAAACGAGUCGGUCAAACCGGAGUCUUUCUCGCCAGAUCUGCUUCUGGCGUUUCAAAAUCUAAGAAACCAGUCGGCAGAGCCGUUAUCUCCUCUACCGAUACGGCCAACCGAGCCGGUCAUCCCGGAGACCCUCUCGCUACAGCUAUCUCCGGCGAUUCCAAGUCCAAGAAAUCAAGCGGCAAAGCCGUUGCCUCCUCCGCCGAGCCGGUCAAAGGAACCCGUCAACACGGAGUCUCUCCCGCUAUCGCUGUCUCCGGCGAUCCAAAGUCCAAGAUACUCAACGGCAGAUCCGUCGUCUCCUCCUCCGCCGAAGUACUGUUCUUCAGAGAUGUCAAGUACGGACCACAAGAAGGCGAGCUAAGGUUUCGUCUGAUACAUUUUUGGGAGGCUCGGAACGCACUCACGAAGGUCCUGUUCGGUCUCGAAAUGAUUCUGAUCGACGGACAGGUCUAUUCCAACGUUUAUGAUUUCGUAUUGGUUUUGCUUUUCCGAUCAAAUAAUAACAUUCGUCGCUUUGUUUUUUGUUAUCAACAGGGUACUGUGAUCCAGGGGUUCAUCCCACCCAACAGGAUCGAGACCUAUUUGCCACAUAUGUUCGCUGGUUCCGUCUACAGGCUUAAUAACUUUUAUGGAUCUAAAAGCAAGACUGUAUACCGAGUUGCUGAACCAUUAGUGACGAUUGCUUUCUCAUGGAACUCUGUGCUCUCACCUCUCGAGAACAGUCCGAUUCCGUUUCCUGAAGACCGGUUUCGUUUCUAUGGUUAUGAGGAGUUUGAAGCGGCCUGUGACCUCAAGGGAGAUCUUUAUGGUAAUCUUCUCUCGAAAUCUUUUGUUUAUCACUUGAUUGGUUUGGAAUACGGGGUCCUUUAGUCGUGUAGGUUUAGGUUUGUUAGUAUGAUAUACAAUAAUAAGUAUUGAUUUAUCUUAUGGCAGAUUAUGUCGGUCACAUGAAACUGGUGAAUGAGCAGACCUUGAGUGAUAGUCUUGUGCUUGAUGAAGUCGAGAUAGCUUCUUCCAGGAGAAUUUUGGUCCAUGUCCAGACGCAUGAGUGAGUUCUCUUUUUAGUUAUCGAUAUCACGAGUUGUAGAACGCAUUGAUAGAUAUUUAGGAACACUAUAAAUAAUAAUUAUACAAAAAAAUAUAAAUAAUAUUUUAUAGAUAUGAUCUCGAGAUUAGAAAUAAAUUAAUUUCUCUUUGAUGGAUUAAAAUUAGUAUAUUGAGUUCUUUUUGUAUAAAAAAAAUCCUAACUACAUGAGUUUGGUUUGAUGCAGUGGUCCUGUCAUGAAGCUGUACAUAUGGGACAAGGUUGCUGUAGACUUCUGUGAGAAGUUUAAAGCGCUUGGAAAACCUCCAACCGUUAUUCUGGUUACAACUGUGAAUCCAAAACGUUUUGGAGGUUAGUAUUACCUAAACUUGAUUGUGGUUUAUUGAUGUUAGUAGGAGGCGUGUGGAACAUUGGUUAUUUGCUAAAUUUAUUUUUGUUUGGUAUGGAACAUUGGUCAUAUUGCAGGUGCCUUAACUCUGUCAUCUCUAUCCUCAUCGCGUGUGUUUUUUGAUAUGGAUGUUCAAGCAACCCGGGAAUAUCUGGCUUGGUAUGUGUUCAUUUAUUGAUUUGGAACAUCUAUUCCAAUUCACCGAGCGAUUAACUUUUAAAUUUUUUUUGUUUCUGAACAUUUACACAGGUUUGAAUCGAACACAGAAGUUGCCAAUAGGGUGUAUGCUGAGAUUGUCACCAAAGCCGAGACGGCUACUAUAGGGGAGCUGUUAUCUUACAUGAUGCAGGAAGAGGCAAAGGUACAAUAUUUGAUUCUUUAGUCCAUACGUUGCGCUAGCUUUAGUUAUUUACGAUCUUCUCUGAUAUAAUUCGCAGGUAGCUUGGUUUGAGUGCACAGCCACUAUUGAUGAUGUUGUGCGUGAUUCGGCAUGGUAUUAUAUUGCUUGUGGUGGGUGCAAGACUAAAGCAACCAAAGGGCCUACCACGCUUAUGUGUAAGAAGUGUGGAAAGACUGAGAUUGUCGGCACUCCAGAGUAUCUCACGAAGAUCUCUGUCUAUGACAACAAUGAUCACGCAAGCUUCGUGCUUCUCGGUGAUGCUAGGCGUGAGUUGACUGGGAUGAAAGCCUCGGAUUUGGUUGAGAGCUACUUUGAGGUAAUUACAUACCUAUCCAUCAUUUAGGUUUAGAAUGUAUUCUUAUACAUGAUUGGCUAUGUAUUAGGCCAAUGAAAACGUCGGAGAUGAUCAUGUCGUCCCGGUGCCACAGUCUCUUACUGAUUCCAUUGGACAGUCUCGCACGUUUAUUAUCAAGGUAUCAAAACACAACCUGGAUGGCAAGACCCAGACUUUGACUGUCACCAAAGUUCUCCCUUUAGAAGUUCCAGCACUUGAAGGCGACAUAGAUGAAGGCGUGGAAGAGGAGCCUGUUGAUGAAAAGGAUGGAGCUGCAGAUGGGAAUGUGAAAAGGAUAUCUGAUGGGAUUGAGUCGGGAGAGACCAAGCGUGCCAAAUGUGACUAAUAAGUUUCUGUUACUGUUUUCUUUGUUUUAAUAAAGACUAUGCUUUGUUUUUUCAUCUUCAGACUUUGCUUUUGUGUCAUUUGAACAAUCUUGGUGUUUGAUAAAGACUAUGCUUUGUUUUAUUCCUUAUUGCUUAAUACUUGGCUAAGGCUAGAAGUAGCUGAUUGAUACC